AUGGAUAAAUUUGUGAUCAGGUCAAACAUUGGCCAAUCAAGUUCCAAUAGUAGUAGUCGACCUUCUGUUAGUUCGAAUAUAGCUCCUGAAAUCCAAAGAGGGACAAUCUUAUCCCCUCCUUCAAAUGUUGAUAGUGUUCUUGAGCUAGGAUCUCCCAAUCAUGAUCUCAAAGAAAGAAUACUAAUUCUUCAGUAUGCCCCUAAUAUCCGAGAUGAAGUGAGGAGACAUUAUAUUCAAAAAGGGGCUUGUCAACCGAGUGGCCAUGCUUUCCCUAAAACUAAAUUUGGGAACAAAAUGCGUCAAUUUAAUCCCGAUUGGUUUAAGGGUCCAUAUUCUCAAUGGUUGGAAUAUAGCAUAAAAAGUGAUGCUGCAUUUUGUUUGUGUUGUUAUUUAUUUAAGAAUGUACUUGAAAGUCGCGGUAAUGCGGGAGAUGCAUUUACAAAAGAUGGUUUUAAGGGUUGGAACAAGGGUACGGAAAGACUUAGAACGCAUGUCGGGGAACAAAGUGAGAAAGUAAAAAGUGAUCAUCGGAUACGUUUAAAUGCCUUGGUUGAUGUGGUAAGAUUUCUCUUGAGAAAUGGAUUGUCAUUUCGUGGUCAUAAUGAAAGUGAAGAUUUCGAAUACAAAGGUCUUUUUCUUGAACUUUUGGAAUUUCAUGGGGAUAAGCAUUUAGAUGUGGGAAAGGUAAUAUUACAUAAAGCUCCAAAAAAUGAUAUGAUGAUUUGUCCAGCAAUUCAAAAGGAUAUUGUGGAUGCUUGUGCUAAAGAAACAAUUAAAGCUAUUAUCCAAGAUUUGAAUGAUGACUUUUUUGGGAUAUUGGUUGAUGAAUCAAAGGACAUCUCACAUAAAGAGCAAAUGGCCCUUGUUAAACGAUAUGUUAACAAAAGAGAGGAGGUGAUUGAGCGCUUUUUGGGUAUUGUCCAUGUGAAUGAUACAUCUGCACUAUCAUCACAGAAAACAAUUUAUGAUUUGCUUUUGGAUCACUCUUUAAGCUCAUCCAAGCUACGUGGACAAGGUUACGAUGGAGCUAGUAAUAUGCAAGGAAGAAUAAAUGGCCUAAAGUCUUUGAUUUUACAAGAUGUUCCAUCUGCCUAUUGUGUUCAUUGUUUUGCCCAUCAGUUGCAAUUAACACUUGUAGCUCUUUCUAAAAAGCAUCCGGAUGUGAAUAUUUUUUUUGAUGUUGUCACUAACACAUUGAAUACUAUUGGAGCAUCUUUUAAAUGCAGGGAAAUACUUCGACAACACCAAGUAGAGAAGUUGGAAGAAUUACUUAAGUCUGGAGAAAUACUUACCGGCCAAUGA